CGACGACGACCACCAACUAGACACUCACAAUGCUGCCAUCCCGUCUCUUCCGCAAUGUGGGUGUGCCCCCGGCGCUGCGGAGCCUGAUUACGCCUGGUGCAUCCCUGCCGACGACGGCGCGCGUCGAGAUGCGCAUGCGCCUCGGCCUCUCCGGGCCCAGUAUCGCUGCUAUACGGGCUGCGUCGUCAUCCUCCUCCUCUGCCGCCGUACCGCCAGAGGCUCCCGCACCACCCGCCGACGCGCCCACCACGACUAAGCUGAAGCUUCCCACGUCUGAAGAGGAGCCCCGCUUGCAAAUCACCUUCACCUGCACCGCGCCCGGCUGCACGCGCCACCGCUCGUCGCACACCUUCACCAAGCGCGCGUACUACAGCGGCAUAGUGCUCAUCCAGUGCCCGCAAUGCAAGAACCGGCACUUAAUAGCGGACCAUCUGGGCUGGUUCAAGGAGAGCACGGAGGACGGGAAGCUGCGGACGGUGGAGGACUUGCUGAAGGCGAGGGGAGAGGAUGUGAAGCGGGGGACGACGAACCCGGACGGUGACAUCGAGUUGGUAUAGUGGAGAGUGUGUACUUGAGCGAAGUGCAUUUAAGAUCUCACGACCCUUCACGACCACCAAAACCCUGCACAUCGCAACCCCCACUUACCCCUACUGUACAACUAUUCCCUAAUUGCACACUGCUAUAGAAACGCAUUGCUUUGCACGCUGUCGAGUCCACCAGCUGAGUGAUGAAGUUCUGCCAUAAAGCAUAUACUCGAGGAAGUCAGCUCGAAGGCCAGUUUGACAAGUGGACGGAAAUGUUGUCCUAGUACUC